GCGUCACCUUGGCCCAAUGGAUAAAAAGCGCUCCUGCGUCGCUUGUCCUCACACACCCUCAAUAACACUAAAAGAAAGAAACUAGCGGAAAAGAAAGAUGUACUCGACGAGCUCAACGAUGCUGAUCCAUAGACGUCAAAGUCUAACCCGCCGCAACACGCAACCGGAGGUGUUCACGUUCGACCACAUCCCGGCAGCGGCGGCGAGCUACCCGGCGCCAACCCGACCCAAGAAGCGCUGCACCCGGGUCAUGUACCCAGCCAAGGUCCGCAUGCACCUUCCGCCUCCGGAGAAGAGCGCCGCCAAACGUUGGUUGCUUCUCCUCGUCCUCGUGCUCCUGUGGCAGAUCUACACCGAGGAGCCGUGCGCCGACUCGCCGACCGGCAGCGGCCACAGCUCGGACGACUACCAGGCCUUCCCCGCCGGCGGCGACGUGGCUCCGGCAGACGCUCCCUCCAGCGUCUGCGAUGCGAACGCAGCGGCAGAAGACGGCACCACCGCCGGGCCCACGGGAAACGGCUACAUGGUGGCCCUUCUCGUCUACCACCGCCUGGGCGGUGAGAACUAAACCGAAAGGAGUUCCGCGGUGGUUCCACGCGAAAGCAAGCCGAGCAUGAAGGAGCCGAGCGGACGGGCAGCGACAAGCACGCCCAGCUGCGGCUGAGGAAGGAGCUCUGUACGCCGGCCUGGUGCUUCUCGGCGGCCCGCUGAGUCCUGGAGGAUCCUGGAAGUCCGAGAAUGAACACAACAAACUGUGAACUUUUACCAGAAACUUGAAUUCGUCAUUGACUGCACUUCAAAACUGACUGUUGUCUUGUCUUAUUUAGUUAUUUAUUUAAUGAUAUUAUUAUUACUAUUGUUAUUUGCUAUUUAUUGAUCUGCACUUUGAAUUAAAAAAA